ACUAACUGAGGUUGGGGGUGGAUUCACACUCAAUCAGAUAAAUAUCACAGCUCAGUCAUGGUUCAGGUCAAUCUGAGUGUUUUCAGACAUUUUAAGAGUUACUACCGUGAGCUUUACAGUGAACUGAUGAAGAAAAUGUUUCUCAAAUUACUUUUGAUCUGUUUGUGUUUGUGGCGUCUGGAUGGUGUGUUUGGUGAUACAAAGGUAAUGUCAGUGAUGGAGGGAGAUUCAGUCACUCUAAACCCUGGUAUUAUUAAAAUUAGUAAAGAUGGGAUUCAGUGGAUGUUUGGAACGGACAACAGUGUAAUCGCUAAAAUCACUGUAAUGGCUGAAAUCAUCCCUGUAUAUGAUGAUUACGAUGGGAGAUUCAGAGACAGACUGAAGCUGGACAAUCAAACUGGAUCUCUGACCAUCACAAACACCACAACUGAACAUGCUGGAGUUUAUAAAGUAAAGAUUAUCAGAAAUAUAGUCAAGCUUUUCAGUCUCGCUGUCUGUGAUGAGUUAAAUAUCAGUUUCAUCUCUCAUCUGCCUGUUCCUGUCAUCAGCAGAGACUGUUCUUCAUCAUCAUCAUCAUCAUCAUGUUCAUUGGUGUGUUCAGCUGUGAAUGUGAGUCAUGUGACUCUCUCCUGGUACAAAGGAAACAGUUUAUUGUCCAGCAUCAGUGUGUCUGAUCUCAGCAUCAGUCUCUCUCUACCUCUGGAGGUGGAAUAUCAGGAUAAAAACACCUACAGCUGUGUGCUGAACAAUCCCAUCAGCAACCAGACUCAACAUCUGGACAUCACUCACCUCUGUCACACAUGUUCAGACUCUGUCCACUGUUGUGGUCCUACUGAAGCUGUGAUCCGAUUGGUCCUCUCUGCUCUGGUGGGCGUGGCUACUGUCAUUCUUCUGGUUUAUGACAUCAGAUCCAGCAGAGCUGAACGAGAUCAAGCACAUAUUCACACAUCAGGUACAUGAUUGAUGAUGUCUAUUUUUGCAUAUAUUAAUAUUUGUGAGAUUUAUUAUUUAUGGCUCUAUAUGUUAUCUAUGGAUAUAUCUUUUUCAGGAAGUAUUGAAAUCUAAAGCAGAAUGGUGAACAUUAAAGGUUCUUCAAGUGUGUGUUUUUUUUUGUUAUUCUUUUUCAUAAAUACUGAUGAU